UUACAAGGUAAUGUAAAGCGAAAGUGGAUAGAAAAUGGAGUUUAAAAGGUUUAUUAUUCCCUCAUCGUUCUAUCCGCGUUACUUCUAUUUUCACCAACGUCUACGUAGAUUUGUUCCAAAAUUUCAGGAUAUUGUCGGAAAGAAUGAUUUCGCAAAAUGUAUAUUGUUUGGCGAAACACACAUAGAAGACAUCUUGAAAGCGUUUGAUCAGUUUCAAAAAACAGUUGAAGUAUUUGUCGGGAGGGACGAUGCAAUUAAUGAGGAGGUCACGUGGAAGGAGCUGAUUGUUGAAGACAAUUCUAUGGAUGACGGAGCUGUUCGUGAAUCCGUUAGGCCUCGGCCGUCUGGUGCAAGUUGUGGCUCCCGGAUAUGCGUAGUUCUUGUGAACAAUGCCACUAUUGAGGAAUGGCAAAACUCAUCUUCCGAGGAAAAGGGUCUUAUUUUCUUCAAUACAAACGACAGUCGUAAUAUGACAGAUAAGACAAAGUUGAACAAACUAAUUCAGGCAGAACUGGAAACAAGAGUCAUCUCAUUGUUUGAAAGUAUGUAUUCUUUCAUUAACAAACUGAUUCCAAGAGGCUGUAAGGAGUUCAGCAAUUUGACUCAGCAUACUUGUUCCAUUGACGAAUCAAAAGUAGAAGAAGCUAUUGGCGAAGUUGUGAGAGAAUAUGCAAAAAAAGAGCCGGAAAAGAAAGAUAAAUCUGCUUUCAUCUUCGCUAUCAAAACAGUCGUCAUUAAAAAGACACGCGCCACUUUUUGCGAGGACCUAUCAAAAGCAUGCUGCCUGCCGCAGUCUGUCAUACUAGAUUUUCAGGGAGACACUUUUUUUGACGUCGAAAAGAAAAUCAUGGAACUUGAAGUAGAUAAUGAAAUAGAUGUUACGAGCUCCGAUGAAAGAAAAUUAAUGAAGAUUGGGAUGGAGCUUGUUAGCUUUAUUGUUCAAGGUUUGCAAGAUAUCGAACACAAAUUCGUCAAGUUCAUGAAGGAACAAAUUGUUUCCAUCUCCAUGUUGUCAAGGAAACAAUUUGAGCUGACUGGAAUCCUCCGGUCAACGAAUGUACAGAUUGACGUCCUACUCCCUACCAUACUGAAAAUACCUCGUGAACUACAACAUAAACUAUUGCAGAAUCACCCAGAUGUCUCUGGUUGCGGGCACAGACAUGGAAAGUUUGUGAUUGACGUGAAGAAGGCUCUUGCAGAGGAGGAAAAGAAGAAAAUUAGACAUGAAAUGAAAGAACACAGUUUCAACUUCGAAUUAAAUUCCGAAGUCAUCAGAUUCGUAAAGCAAGCUGGGUUUUGUGUAGAACAGGGAUACAACAUAAGAGCGCAAAAGAAGCAGCUUGAUCCACCGUCUUACAAUUAUGGAAGUCUUGGCUGUUUUAUGCAAAAAGAAGAAAUAGAUUCACAGGGUCUUCUGCUUGGUAUUACAUGUGGACAUUGUGUAUCAGGCUGCGAUGAAUCUAUUGAGGUUUGUAUUGACCUUGAAAAUGAGUUCAAACCGCUUGGAAAAGUUAAGUACAAUUCAGCUCCAAAUUGUCCUGAAGAUGAAUUUUUAGAUAUUGCAGCUAUAGAAAUAAUGCUAAACGAGAACUAUGUGAAUAAAGAGUUAAAAAGAUCGGACGGGAGAUAUGCCAAGACUUGGGAUGUUUUUGACGGAGAACUGCCAAUAGGAAGUCAAGUUUAUAAGCACACUUGUCAAAAGAUAUACGACGAAAAUAAAGAAUCCUCGGAAAUGACUUUAGGAACUAUUAUAUCGUCAGACUACAUGGAAAAACCGGUGAAGGAAAAAAUUACGCAGUUGGAAGACAGUUGCGAAACACUCCAUCAAUUACCUGGGCCAUACUUCGUUCAUAUCGAAUCAGAAAAUAUUUCAGAGGAGCCGUUUUCGGUGAAAGGUGAUAGUGGUGCGGUAGUUUGCGCAGAUGAUAUGGACAGCGUUCAAAAUGUUCAUGUAAUUGCACUUUUAACUGGAGCGAUCGAAAAGAGGUCUACCGACGGAUCGCUCAAGUAUAUUCACUCCAAAGGAAGCGUGUUUCAUAAAUUGUUAAGCGUCGUCAAAAUUCAAGCAGACAUGAAACUCUUGCCUGCCUGUGCAAAACCGAAUGCUGGAGGUUCAGUAGCUGCGCCGGCGUCAACAACAACAACUACUCCUUCCGUGGAUUAGAGCAUCAUUGAAGACACACGUGUACCGCUUCAUGGCGAUGUUACGAACAAGGUGAAAGUUUUAUGAAAUUCGAUUUGGAUAUAUAUAGAGGUGAAUAGUUUGUUUCAGUGUAAGACCGUUAUAUAUUUCACCGAGUGAGCAUCCAGAAGCUGUAUUUUACGAUUGGCGUUUCAAACGGUGAAAUGUCAUUUUUAUUUCACUGAUCAAAAAUCUAUUAAUUACAGGAAAGCACAUUAUAAAGUUUCAUCAUAUGCUCGUCGCCCCUGUGUAGCAAUCUGUUUUGAUUCAUUGAAUAUGACUUAAUGCGUCUUGAAAAUAAUUAAGAUACUAUAACAACAUAACCCGGUGGUAACUGAGGAAUUGUCUGCCGCUAGUGCCACACUUGUCAUUGCCGUCAACGAACAGUUUCAAUAAAACAAGAACUUCUGAUUUCUUACAUUCUCAGGGAGGUACUUAUUAUGGGUGUAAUUACAACGAGUGUUUUAUUUCCUAACAAGCUGAUUCUGUUAUAAGAACUAGAAUAUGGUCUUCUACUGUGCUAUUGAGGAUUAAAACCAGAGUAACGAUACCGCCUUCUGGCAACAACAGCGACAACAGCAACAAGGGACUGACCAAAUCUUGUUAAGUUUAAAUUACCAUAAAACAUUUAUCUGAUUUAUAGCUCCCAAUGCCAUAUUAGGGUUUAAUAAACUGAAACAUGUAAUUUCCUGUUGUUUAUUCUGUCCACAUUACGAUAGUGUCUUUUAUCAUUUAAUAAAUAAAUUAGAUGGCUUUUUAUAAAACAAUUCAGAUGAUUUCAUACAGUACACUACACCUAUAUUUUAAUAUGUUAUCUUUCUGUUCUUGUUUAAGGGCUGAACAAUUUUGUUUCCUAAGUUCAAUUUAAUAUAUAAUAACAUUUAAAUGUUUAAGGUAUUCGACGCACAAUCUGUCAGUUUUUGAUGUCUGGUGACCCCAUAGUAUUUUGGUAUCAUUUGAAAAGGGUUUAUAUGUAGUGUUGUAAAAAAGAAGAUAUAUUUUUUAUAUUUUUAUUUUUAUUUUCCAUAAGUCAUACAUAGUGUGUAAAAAUCUAGGUUUGUUAUUUUAUACCUAUUUUGUGUUGUUUCAAUUUUUAAUUCCAUCAAGCAUUUUUGUGUCUCUUUCAAUCAUAUUUAUUUUUUCAAACUAACACGGGACUCUAAUAUUGGAAUUUUUUGGGGGGAAUUUCUGGAUAAACGUUAUAAAGACAGCGAUUCUGUGAUAUAGUUAUGUAAAUUAGUAAUGUUAAGUUUAUGGAUGACAUAGAUAUAAAAUAACUGCAUAAUUUUUCAGAUGUGUUGUUUUUGAUAAAUUACAUUUUCUUAUGCUUGAAUGCAAACUCUCAUGUUAGGAAACUUCCUUCUUCUCUGUAGUACUGAUACUUAUGUAAAAGCAACAUUCAGCAUUUUUCAUUUCUCGUUUGUUCCAUGCUUUGAUUAUAUCAUUUAAUAAUACAAAUCAGCGUGAUUGCCUUUGAAAAGUUUUAAUUAUUAAAUUUAUAUCAUGUUGUGUAUAUAAUAUAUAUGUAUGAUGUAAAAAAGUGUUUAGUUCCAUUCCUGGCAUAAUUUAUAAAUGAAACAAAUAUGUGAAGUACUACAAUCAACUUAGAAUGAUAUCUGUUCUACACAUAAUUGCCGAUUUAAAAUUUUUUAUUGUUGUUUAACUCAAUGAUUUGUAGCUUUACAAUGAACUGGUAAAAGGUCUUUACAUUAUUAAACAUCUAGUUCUACAAAUAACACAAUGAUAACAUUAUGUACAGUCCAAUUUUUAUAUGUUGGCUUACAAAUAAAUGGAUUACAAG